CGGGGCGGUCACACCGACUCACACGCGAGCGUCGGCGGCGUGUACGAGCAUCAGGACGUGCACCCGAUCCACGUCUCGGACAUGCACAUCCUCGGCGUGGGCGCGUUCUUGUUCGACCUGUCCGGACCGUGGCCGCUCCCGCUGCGCACCGACGGCACGCCUGACUUCCGGAUGCUACACGAAAUUUCGGGGUACUUUGAGCCCGACUACUUCGGCGGUGAGGUAAGCGUGCAGAUGUAGUAUAUCACCUUGAGAAUG